AUGGCACGUUUAUCAGGGUUACAGAGAGAGGUUUUGAAGCUAUAUCGUGCGUGUAUACGGUCAGUUAAGACUAAACCGGAGCAGAAUAGAGAACAUUGGAGAUUAUACAUCAGGGAAGAAUUCGGUAAGCACAGACAUCUUCCUAAGAAGCUGUUCAGUGUUAUUGAACAUUUAAUCCGGGUGGGCCAUAGAAGGUAUGAAAUGUACCUGAACCCAAAUAUUAAAGAUAUACAUUAG